CAAUACGACAAUAGUUUCGCCACCACCGACCGACAAAACCCCCACUAAAGCCUAAAGAGUGAACCCGCGCCUCCUCCACACUUGGUGUUAGUUCUCUCUCUGGGCACUUGCGUCUCUACUGGCAAUUCCAAUCGAACUAGAAGUUUCAAGUUUCAACCCCAAACAAGCGGAAGAAUGUCUCUCUCACACUCUCUUUCUCCCUUGCCGGAAAUCUGAUACAGUCACUCAAUAAAAGCUGGCGCAGUUCAUGACUUGAAGGAAGAAAAAGAAAAACUCUGAACCGAUCCCGAAUCGGUAUCUCUUUUUCUUCAAUAGUUUCUCUCACUGUAUAUAUUCAUCGUUAUAUAGCCUUCAGACCCAUCACUGGACACGGUAGCAAAAGCUCUGUUUCUCGGAUCACCAAAUUGUUGGUUUGGCAAGCACCCAUUUGGUGAAGAAUUGGCAGUAUUUUCCUCUCUGUGGGGAUAUUGUAUUUGGGGAGCUUCUGAUUAGGAAAGGCUACUUUCGGAUUCAAUUGUUGAAAAAUUGUAGCUCCCUGAAGCCAUAUUUGAUAUAGAAUUGAGGUUAAGAUGCAACCAAUAGUGGUGGCACUGGAACAGGGCAAGGACCCUGCCACUACUGUUAGAGUAAACCAAUCAAGGGUUUUGCCAUUGAGAUUCCUUCAAUGUUUCCUGCUGUUUUUGGUCCUGGGUCUUGGGAUUUCAAUAGUAAGUCUGAACACCGUUCGAUAUUUUGGUAUUCAAAGUUUAUCCCCAGCUGUCACGAGGUCCACUAUUCUGCGUUGCUUUGAUGAGCCACAAAGCAUUGGAACUUGGGUCACUCCCCCUUCAAAUUUAUUGCAUACCAUGAAUGAUACAGAAUUGUUUUGGCGUGCAUCAUUUGUUCCUCAAAUAAAAGAAUAUCCAUUCAAGAGGGUUCGCAAGAUUGCAUUCAUGUUUUUGGCAAAAGGACCGUUGCCUUUGGCACCUCUUUGGGAGAGAUUUUUCAAGGGUCACGAGGGAUUUUAUUCGAUAUACGUCCAUUCUCUGCCAUCUUAUGUCCACAAUUUUAUAUCUUCAUCAGUGUUCUACAAGAGACAAAUCCCAAGCCAGAUUGCAGAAUGGGGGAGGAUGAGUAUGUGUGAUGCCGAGAGGAGACUUUUGGCUAAUGCAUUGCUUGAUAUCUCAAAUGAGUGGUUUAUCCUUGUGUCAGAGUCCUGCAUUCCUCUCCAAAACUUCAGCAUCAUUUAUCACUAUAUAUCGAGGUCUCAUUACAGCUUUAUGGGAGCAUUUGAUGAACCUGGGCCCUAUGGUAGAGGCCGUUACAACUGGCAAAUGCAACCUGAGGUCACACUUGCCCAGUGGCGUAAAGGAUCUCAAUGGUUCGAGGUUGAUCGGGAACUUGCAGUCAGAAUAGUCCAAGAUUCCAAAUACUACCCCAAGUUCAAGGAAUUCUGCAGACCAGCGUGUUACGUGGAUGAGCACUACUUCCCUACAAUGCUUAGCAUCGAAGUUCCACAUCGAUUGGCAAACAGGACUCUUACAUGGACGGACUGGUCAAGGGGCGGCGCUCAUCCUGCUACUUUUGGGAAGGCCGAUAUUAGAGAGGGUUUAUUCAAGAAGAUAUUUGAAGGUCAAACUUGCCUUUACAAUAACCAGCCAUCCACAGUUUGUUUCCUUUUUGCCAGAAAGUUUGCUCCUAGUGCCUUAGAUCCUCUAUUAGGAUUAGCAUCAAAAGUUUUCGGGUUUUGAUGAAAGCAUGUUUACUGAGAUGCAUAUAUGUAGAAGCACUUGAUGAUACAUGGAUUGGUUAUGAGUUAAGCCAGUAUGGUAGGUGUGAUUGGAUUGUUUUGCAAUUCUGCUCAGGUGGGUUUAUAUAUUUGAAUGUAUAGAAAGCAGAAUCCUGUGUUGACGUGGUCUAGUGAGUAGUGAAGCUCAUGACAUAUUAGCAGGCAGUGUUAGGUAGAUUUGAUCUGAUGCUGUUAUGACUUAUAGGUUCAAUAAUAUUGUUUUUUAAGCAAUUCUUUCCAUUUCUAACUAA